AUGGAAGUCAACAAGACGGUUACUGUCGUCCAGGGCCAACCAUGCAGGGAAGGGCUCGCUUCGAGCAACUUCUUCAUGCAGGUGCUCAACUCGCCAUCUCGGGAGGAAGUGAACCAAGCGCAUUUCAGAGGCUCCUGGUUGGGUAUUGGCGUGCCCUCGGUUCGAAACGCGUUCCGAGUCUCCAAAUUCAAGACAUGGUGUUGGGUGCUCUUGCUAUUGAGCUCGAUACCGAUCCAUGUGCUUUUCAACUCUACGAUUUUCGAAACGGACCACCGGCAGUCCGAUUUCCAUCUGACAAUCGGCAACGAGAGACUUGUGAACGGUGGUGCCUUUUUCCCUCCCGGUGGGAGCUUAAUUCUACCAGCUCUGGCCUCCGACGACGUUGUUCAAAACCACUGGGCGGAAUAUUACAAAAAUCUUAACCUGAGCGAUGCCUAUCGGCCAGACUAUUCCUCCUGGUCGCCCGGCGGGUCCGCUUACGGGUCCCCGGUGAAUAUGUCAGACUACGACACUAAGAACUCUCCUGCUGUAUUGAACAUAACAAAUACUGCUGCGAACGCUGGUAGCUGGGACAGGCUCGAAGCAGCAAAUUGUUACGCGCAAUAUAUUGAUUGCCACGGGCUGAAGAAAUACCGCAACGUCUUGUGGGUGAUGGAUCAGCCAAGUGGAUGGGUGCGAGACGACAUCUGGCAUCUACAAGAUAACGAUGCAACGUUCUGGGACCAGUAUGUUCCUGCGGAUCAGCCCAAUCAUCUCUUUUUCGACGCGCAGUGUGCCAUGAACGCCCUGCAGGUGAAUCAGGAACCAACGCAAUGCAGUAAUACAUGCAGCGGCGCCUUAGGUGAUGGCUCCCUUGACGGGCUUCAUGAUUGGCGGUAUCCUUUCAUUGACAAUUCCACUUACGCGUCGUAUGAAGCGGUCAAUGGUUCUGACCAAUUCAACGGGACCUGGAAGCAUUCCGUCUAUACCAACACAUCGGGCCUUCAGCCUGACUCUCUCAACCUAACGUUGAAAUAUAUCGCACUGUCACCUACCCUACUGAUGGGAGUUACUAUAUGUGUAAUUGUGAAGACCGUCACGGCCAUCGUGGUCACCAUCGUACUCUGCCGCCGCAAUCAGGCGCCCCUGGUGACUUUAGGGGAUGCCAUAGCCUCCUUCAUCGAGCAACCGGACCGAGUCACGGCCGGGCUGAGCACCGUUGACCAAACAGACAUACGGAGAGCUAUGAGGUCAAAACGUGCCUUUCUCGUUCCCGGGCCGCGACAAUGGCGCGCGUUGCCAAAGCGCCGGGCAUCGGUCGUUCCGAUAUCUGUAUGGACGACGAGCUACUUACUGUUCCUCGUUGGUAUUGGGACCUGUGUAGGGCUGUUCAAAAAUGCGUUGGAUACGAACGGCUUGCAAGGCACCUUUCUCGGAGGUGACGAGAAUUCGUUCAUCCCGCUUGCGUUCUCACUCAUCAAUGCAGUCUUGUUGGCAAAUAGUCCGCAACUGCUACUCUCAUUCUGCUACUUAGCUUACAAUAACAUGUUCACUCGCCUGCAGAUGGCUCGAGAGUUUGCACAGUUCAGCGAUGGGUAUCACCCUCUCCGAGUCACUGAACCGAAGGGUAACCAGUACUCUACCUACCGGCUACAACUACCAUACAAGUAUAGUCUUCCCCUAAUCGCGGUCAGCGUCUUUCUACAUUGGCUGCUCUCCAAUACGAUCUAUGUCUUUGUAUCAAUCGGAGGCUACUAUGGAAGCGACUUUGUCGGUACCGGUAGUACCGAAAUCAGUGACCCCUCACUACCCGACAACACGGCCAUCGCCGUGGGAUACUCCGUCUGGUCUCUCCUCGUCUUGAUGAUAGUAUCGCUGGUCUUGAUUCUCAUCCCACCACUACUAAGCUUCAAGCGACUGUCUUCCACCAUCGUGAACCCCGGCAGCAACUCGCUAGCGCUCUCGGCGGCCUGCCACUCGUCGCCCCUGUCCCACGCCGCCCGCAAAUCGAUGGCGCUGGACAGCAGCCCCCGCUCCUCGCGCUUUGAUCUCCUGCCCUCGCCGUACAUGCCCGUCCGGCCGCACAGUCCGACAACAGACGGCGACGAAGGGGACUGGAGAGGCAGCGGAGAGGGCGCGGGCGCGUUUAGCGGCAUCGAGAUGCGCAGGCUGUCGGCGAAGAAGUCGUGGCGGUCCAUGAGGUCGUGGCGCUCGCUAUCGCUGUCGUCGAGCACGCUUCUCAACAAAGGCGACGGCGACGAAGAGCAGGGGGCUUGCCGGAAGCUGUCUGAGUGCAGGCUCCGCUGGGGCGUCGUCAAGAUGCCGCCCGAGUGGUAUGCUGACUACGAGCACGAAGAGGAGGAGGUGGGACAUCUGGGCUUUGGGGCUGAGGGGGAUGAUGUGGCGCCUCCGGUGCCGGGACGGCUUUAUGCGUGA